GUCGAUUCAGCCUUCUAACCAAUACUGUCAAUGCUGCCACUACAAAAAUAUCACGUAGGUAAUCAGCAAACAACCAUGUUUUAAACAACACUCCAUUUUCACUUUCUUACCGUAGCAACCUGCACCGUUCUGAGGAAAGCAAACGAAGAGGAUCUUAUAUUAAGACCUCAUCUAACUUCCUUUCUUCCUACAGAUGUACAUGCAUCGUCAAAUUAGUGCGAUCUGCAAUCCUAUCAACCAACAUUGAACCUACGCACCUACGCUAUUUCGCCAUUUCUAAAUUACCUACACCUUAUCGACCAGACCUUCGUGCGCCGAUUUCCCUCUACCUUCUCACUAUCGUCACCGACAUAUCGCAUCACCGAAUUCGACCCGUACAAGGUGUUUACCUCAACCACAAACGCUGGCUACCUGCUCGGGUCCAUCCUGAGCACCCGUCUUCACAAUGGCAGCAAGGAAACUGCAACAAGAAAUAGAUAAAUGCUUCAAGAAGGUUGCCGAGGGUGUCGCCGAAUUCGAUGGUAUCUAUGAGAAGAUUGAGCAGUCGAAUAACCCCGCUCAGAAGGAGAAGCUGGAAGACAAUCUUAAGCGCGAGAUCAAGAAGUUACAACGGUUACGCGACCAGAUCAAAACAUGGGCUGCCAGCAAUGACAUCAAGGAUAAGGCUCCUUUGCUGGAGCACCGAAAGUUGAUCGAGACGCAAAUGGAACGGUUCAAGGCCGUAGAGAAGGCGAUGAAGACCAAGGCAUACUCGAAGGAGGGUCUGUCAGCAGCUGCCAAGUUAGAUCCGAAAGAGAAAGCAAAGCAUCAAGCCGGCGAAUUCCUUAGUGGUGUAGUCGACGAGCUUGAGCAGCAGAUUGAGGCACUCGAGGCCGAGGGCGAAUCUAUACAAGCCACGAUGAAGAAAGGCAAGAACCAAGCCUCCAAAGCCGAUCGCAUGGCUACCAUCGAGCGCAUAAUCGAACGACAUAAAUGGCAUCAAGGCAAGCUCGAGCUUAUCCGACGGUCACUUGACAAUGGAGGCGUCGAGACGGAGCAAGUGAACGAUCUUGAGGAGAGUAUCAAGUACUACCUCUCGGACGGCAUGAACGACGAUUAUAUCGAAGACGAAGGACUCUAUGAUGAGCUCAACCUACAAGAAGAGGAAGAUGUCUACGGCAUGGGCCAAGAGAACGACCGAGUCUCGUCACAAGAUACACAGUCUAUACAGGAGGAUACCGUGGAGCCAGAAUCGCGAUCUGGCAGCUUGCCAGGAGGAAAGGUGCGAAGUGCUGUCGAUGCCGCAGCAGCCGCUGGACGGCGACCCUCAGCGCAGCUUAAGUCUCCUCUUCCAACUCUGGCAACAUUGCAUAACCCGCUGGUAAAUGUCACUAAUGGUAGUACUGCGAAUACCGGCAUGAAGCCAGCAUCGUUGCCCACACGGCCAGCUGGAGAGGGUCUGAAAUAUGCUUCUGCCGCAGCAGCUGCCGCUGCAAGUGACAAGAACAACGUCGGUAUUGCGCCACUUCCUCCGCCACCUGGUUCCCAACCAGUUACUUAUUCCCCAGGCAUUUCGCCUCUACCACCUGCUGCGGCAUCUAGAACAAGCGCAGCUAACUCGCCGAAUACGACGUUCUUACAACCUGCAUCUUCAGAACAAAGGUCUGGGAAUUUAUCUGUUCCAACAACAGCCCCUGAACCUAAGGCUCCUGAGCCAACGAGCUCGGCCCCUGCGCCAAAGAAGUCUGAGAAGGCAUCCUCCAAGGCUGCGGGCAAGGCUCCUGCCUCCGCCGACCAUGCCGAGUCUUCAAAGGCAUCCCAAACGAAUGGCGUUGCUAAUGGCGUAAAGCCUGCCGAGGAGAAAGAAGAGGAGUCAAUAUACCACCUCCCUGCUUCUUUGAAGGAUUUGGUAGAAUCAUUUGAGGUUACCAAGAAGCGAACCCUACCAGUUAAUAGCCCAUCCCAUCUGCGCAUGAUGGCGGCUUCGCAAGCUAGCGUAAACAUGCAUGACAUGUUCGACUCAGAGCCUCCUCGAACAUAUAGGCCAGAUUCUCGUUAUCCCUCUGCAUCAGGGUACCCACAGGAACCAUUGCCGAUCUUUGAAGACCCUAGAUUGUACUCUCGGAUAGAACCCGAUACAUUAUUCUACGUCUUCUACUACAAGCAAGGUACCUAUCAGCAGUACCUAGCAGCUAAGGCCCUUAAAGAUCAGAGCUGGCGAUUCCACAAGCAGUACCAAACUUGGUUCCAACGACACGAGGAGCCGAAGAGCAUUACAGAGGAGUUCGAGCAGGGAACUUACCGUUUCUUUGAUUAUGAAUCGACUUGGAUGAACCGAAGGAAAGCGGAUUUCAAGUUCGCCUACCGGUUUUUGGAGGACGACGUAUGAAGCAUCGGCUUCUUAUGGUCCAACUCUACCGGCAUUAGUAAGUCGAUAACGGAGUUUAUCUGCCUUCAAGGGCUCAGUGUAUGCAACAUGAUCGCGUUGCCGAUCAGGGAGGGCCGCUUCUAAGAAAACGGCUGGUACACUUGUCGUAAUAUUUGUAACGAAAUACAUACAAGGCCGUCACGGCACUUCUUCCGAUGACUGCUAACCUACUUGACCUGGCUUUGACGAGACUUGCUAUGUGCCAUGACACUAAUGCUGAGUGCGCAUGAGUUUUGCUAGAUAGUCUACCAAUG